AUGGUGUCAAAGAAGGUGGGUCAUGAGGUUCCCCUCAUAAGUGGUUCUCAUCGCAUGACUUGGCGUGAAUUAGUCGAAGCAGACGACUACGCCACCAGCCUAACUGUUGAUCCCUUCUUAGGUUUCAAAACCCACAAAAUGACAGCAAUGCGUCUCCGAAUUUUACCUCGGGUAAUGGAUCGUCUGAAGAACAUCAUCAUUGGUUUUCAGAAGCAUAAGGAUUAUUUGUUAGCUUUUAAGCAACUGAUUAAUGAAGAUGUCAGCAUUAAGCAGCACUGGAAAGAUGAUCCUCGCUUUCGUGAUCACAUUUUUCGGUAUCUUUUACUGUUUGACGACCGCUCUGGUGUCAAGAUUGCCCCAUGCAGCCGAUAUGCAUCUGAAGGUCAUAUAGGCGGAGCAAUCUUUUCAACGAAAAAUUGGCCCAAAGGCUCGAAAAUAGGUUCGCUUAUUGGAUGCAUUGCUGAGCUUAACUAUGAGGACGAGGUGUCUUUCUUGCGGCACAAGGAAAAUGACUUUUCUGUGAUGUACUCCUCCCGGAAAAAUAAAUCUCAGUUAUGGCUGGGCCCUGCUGCUUAUGUGAACCAUGACUGCCGGCCGAAUUGCGCCUUUACUAUCAACUGCGAUGGCGACGAUCGGAUGAGCCUCACUGCAACCACAGAUAUUAAAAGUGGGGACGAGAUAUACAUCUACUACGGCAAGCACUUCUUCGACACCAACAACGCUGGUUGCGAAUGUUUCACCUGCGAACUUCUUGAGAGAGGCUCUUUUUCCACUGCGCGUGUGGAUCCAAUCACAACAGCGUCAGUGUCUGCAGCAACCUCGUUCUCUUCAUCAGAGUGUCUCAGUUCAUCUACGACAUCGUCGACAUAUUCGUUAUCACUCUCUUCCUUGCGAGGUGGGGAGAAAUCAGUUCGCGUACUCCAGGAGGACAGGCUAGUGGCUGCCAUCAAGGAGCGUCUUAAACAAGCUCCUAUUCACCGCACCACACUCCCCAACCUUCGCAGUCGAGGUAGCGCAGCGGCUAUUGCUCCAUCGAAAUCGGCAUUCACACGUGCUGCGAUACCCGAACCUACUGCAGCAGCCGCUGCAAUGAGUGGUCUCCUUGUAAAGGGUCUCUCCACGGGUCUAGCACGGAAUGUUGUUAGCACUGCUGCCUACAGUCUGCGUCACACAAAUUCGCGUCUGACUCGGGUAAAAGCGAAAAUUUACUCUGCGAUGCUUUCGUCUCUCAAUCAAGCAUCAUCCCAGCAGGAACCACAGCACCUGGAGGGCGAGGAUCAAUCUCAGCCAAGUCACCGAACAUCCAGAGAGGGUAUUGUUCUAAGGCCUAGGAAAUCGGCACUUUCCACUGCUUCCACUAGGGCGGCAUCAACCACACAUUCGUCUGCUCAGAGUAAAGUGGCAUUGGGAGGUAAGAGGAGGAAAUAUGCUGAGACACAACCUGGGCGGGUUGGUGUGGUGCGGAGACGACGACGUUCGCGAAGAGUUGCACCCACAGCAGCAGUCCCAAUGGCGAUGAAGACUAGAAAUUUGGGGCCUUCUCUCCACAGUAGGUGGUACAUCAUCCGACAUUUGGAAAUUUCAGGCCCGCCGAUACCACCUCGUCUUUCUCGCGCGACUCUCCUUUCUCCUGCUCCCUCCUCCCCCUCUUCCUCAUCCACUUCAACUAUCGCUGCAAUGGAGGCCGACGAAGCUCUUUCAGUACAGAUACCAUCUCAAAGUCGAUUCCGUCGUAAAGCGCAUCGAUCUGAGACUGUGUCCACCACCCUCGCAAUUCCAACUCCCUCCACCUACUUCCUCCGUCGUUCCUCUCGCCUCGAACCACCCGCAGGGCCCGUACACGUUGAUUUGUCGCUGGAAUCUACCUCCACUUGUUCCUCUCUCAGCACUUUACCUGCCGUCUCUACUACUCCUCGACUUGUCAUUGUUCGCAAGCAACCUUGUCAGGAGGCGGCAGAAGGGAACCAGGAUGUGUGGUUUGUCAAAGACGACUCUGACGACAACGCUGGCGAUGGUGAUAUCACAGAACAUAGGCCAACUCCCACUCCUCCUAUUCUCUACACCUCUGGGGAAGGUGGAAGAGGGUGGACUACUUCGGUUUCCUCUUUGGCCAAUACCCCUUCCCCACCCCACUUACAAGCUGUUUCGCCUACCCCACCAAUGCUGCAACGCGCAGAGGACAGAUUACUUUUCGCUCUCUAUGCUUCCAAAGAAGCGGGAGUGGCCCCUGCUCUGGAUUCCGAUGGAAUCUCAGAGAGCGAAAGUUCACUGGGUACAGUGAAGCCGUUGACGGUAAGGAUUAAGCGGAUGGGACGGCGACUGUAUUGUGUGUCACCGAAGUCGGCCACCACCAAUCAUCGAUGA